AUGUGUGUACAUUACAAAGGGAAAAGCAAAAAGGAAAAACGGAAAGGUGAAAAGGGAAAACAAGAAGCGCUACAAACACCCGAACCAAUCGUUGAUCAACCUAUUCAACCGAUAAAGACCCCACAGGCAGUAGCUCCAUCGGAUCUUAAAGGAUCAACUGGAAAAAAGAAGCGUACACGCAAAGAUGAGGACUCGGAUAAUACAUUGACUGGUCUUCCACCAAAUAUGCCGGAUAUGGAACUGGAAGAAUUUGAAUACCGCCAACAAUUGAUUUUGGACGAACAUCUGAUGUUAUCCGGUGUCUUUGUCAGUGUUUUUGUCCUCCCAGACAACUCUGAAUUCGAUAUCGACCCGACGAAUCGAUCAAGAAAGGUCAAGGAUCGCGCAGUGUUCACGCCCGGAUUUGCUGCAUCCAUUCAAAUUCCGCCGGCAAUUAACUUUAUCUCAUGGAAGAACUAUUUUGUAAGAAGAAAAAGUACUUCACAAUUAAACUCUACGAUGCCAAGAUUCAAGGAGGGUCGAAUUUGGGACUAUUUUAGGAUGACACUAAAACGCUCUUGUACUCUCAACGAAACGAUGCUUACACAUUCCAAGAAAUUCCGAUUAAAAUUCGACCUGAAUAAUAAUAAAGUAGCGGAUGAAGCAGAAGCCGACAGUCUUGUCGAGGAACGUUGUUUUAUGUGGUCAUGGCCGUUUUGUACCGACGGGAUGGCUCAUGGCGCUUACACGCGAGACAAAUUCCUCGUAUGCUUACCGUUCAACAAAGGUGGAACAGGCGAAAAGAACGGCACGACGAAGAAGUUUGAACGAAUCGCCGAAAGCAAUUAUAGUUGGAGUAUGGGGCUGUCGCAUGACGCCGAACUUGGCUCAACGUGUUUCUGGCGACUGGAAAUCGAAGUACAUCGCAAGCUGAACGCCAUUGUUCUUAUUGCAUCCAGAGAUAUCAGUCGUUACAACGAGAACACGAAACGAUUGAAGCGUAUUCGAAAAGUGUACAGAUUACCGGAUCACUACGAUGUCAGCACUACCACUACGACCAUGUACGAUUAUGCGGUGAUUGUUGAAGCGUACAAGAGGGAACGAGUCAAACCACUAAUUCGGCGAUGUUCAUCCGAUCUUUGA